AUGAUCUCCAUCACCGAAUGGCAGAAGAUUGGCGUGGGCACCACUGGCUUUGGCAUCUUCUUCAUCCUCUUUGGAAUGCUCCUGUACUUUGACUCCGUGCUGCUGGCCUUCGGAAAUCUGCUGUUCCUGACUGGCCUCUCCCUCAUCAUCGGCCUGAGGAGGACGUUCUCCUUCUUCUUCCAGAGGCACAAACUCAAGGGCACCAGCUUCUUCCUGGGGGGCGUGGUCAUCGUCCUGCUGCGCUGGCCGCUCCUGGGCAUGUUCCUGGAAACCUAUGGCUUCUUUAGCCUCUUCAGGGGCUUUUUCCCCGUUGCCUUUGGCUUCCUGGGCAGCGCCUCCAACAUCCCCUUCCUGAGUGCGCUGUUCCAGAGGCUUCAAGGCACCAGUUCAAUGGUCUGA